AUGGCUCUACCAAAGAGAAUCAUCAAGGAGACUGAAAGGCUAAUGGCCGAGCCAGUCCCCGGGAUCAGCGCUAUUCCCCACGAAGAGAAUCUCCGAUACUUUGAUGUUGAGAUUCAUGGGCCCUCUUCAUCUCCGUACGAAGGUGGCGUCUUCAAGCUCGAGCUGUUUCUUCCCGAUGACUAUCCCAUGGCACCUCCCAAGAUCCGCUUCUUGACCAAGAUCUUCCACCCCAACGUCGACAAACUCGGCCGCAUCUGCCUCGAUGUUCUGAAGAACAACUGGUCUCCCGCCCUACAGAUCCGAACCAUCCUACUCUCCAUUCAAGCACUUUUGGGUGCCCCAAACCCGGACGAUCCGUUGGCCGCCGACGUUGCCAAGAGCUGGAAAGAGGAUGAACAGGCCGCCAUCGCCACCGCAAGGGAUUGGACGCAGCAGUAUGCCGUUCCGAAAUAA